GUCAGGAGGCCGCGACGCUUCCGGCGCGCUGAGUGGCGGCACCGCUGACCGGCAGCCGGAGCCCGGGGCGCUAUGGCCUCUGUGGGGGUGGCCGCCGGCCGACAAGCCGAGGAUGCGUUGCCGCCGCUGGCCGAACCGCCGCUGCCCGAGACGAAGCCGCUGCCGCCGACGCAGCCGCCGCAGCCGGUCUCCGUGCCUCAGCCACAGCCGGCGCCAAGGCCUCCGUCCCCGGCCGGCAUGAAGGCGGAAGAGAACUGCUCCUUCCUCCCGCUGGUUCACAACAUCAUCAAAUGCAUGGACAAGGACAGCCCUGACAUCCACCAGGACCUGAAUGCCCUCAAAACCAAGUUCCAGGAGAUGCGCAAGGUCAUCAGCGCCAUGCCUGGCACCCAUCUGAGCCCCGAGCAGCAGCAGCAGCAGCUGCUCAGCCUCCGGGAGCAAGUCCGCACCAAGAGCGAGCUCCUGCAGAAGUACAAGAGCCUCUGCAUGUUCGAGAUCCCCAAGGAGUAGAGGCGGGCCGACGGGCGGGCCGGGGCCUUCCCACCCCGCCCCCCCGUGUGGGCGGGGACUGCCGGGCUGCGGCUCAGCUGGACGGCGCUGCUGGCUUCCU